AUGCAGUCGAUGACCCUUUUCCCGGGGCCACCGACGGCGUCGUCGCGGUUCUACAAGCUCUGCGCCCAGAUCCUCCGACCUUCGUUCCGCCGGCAUCAAUCUUCCUACAGACGAACAAGAUCCAGGCUUAACAUCAAGCCAGAUCCGGACUUCCUCCCCUCCAAGACCGAGCCUCAUGACCACAUCAUCUACAAUCCUCCUCCGAGCAUGCCCAAUGUCUACCAUACGCCCAAUAUCUUCCUGCCGAAAAAUGACCGCAGAAAAGUGUUACCAGACCCUGAAACUCAACGAACACAAUUACAACUGGCUCAGCAGCUACCCGCCAUCUCGGGGCAGGCAGAGAAACGAUACCACCUGGCGGAGAAUGACUUGGAGGAAAUGAGGCAAUUGCGGAGGACAGAUCCCACGCAAUGGAGCGUCAGUCGUUUAUCGAAGAAGUUUGACUGCUCUCCAGUCUUUACACACUUGGUCGUCGAAGGGCUGGCCCCAGAAAAGGGCAAGGAGCAGAAAAUGGUGACUGAGAUUGUGAAGUCUAACUGGGGCAAGAAAAGAAGAGAGGCACGCGAGGAUAGACAGAUCAGAAAGGAACGCUGGUAUAGGGAUGCUUAG